UGGGCCGGCCCUCAGCCCGGGGGCGCCACCCUCAUGCCAUCCGUCCAUUUCGUUGUCUCCCUCGGCGUAGCCCCGGCUGGCCGCCUCAGCGCACCGCAAGUCCCUCGGCUUCGCGGCGCCCGGCUCUGUCGUCUCCGGCCACACCGCCAGAACCCCCCGACCCUCCCAGCGGUCCGCUCCACCUCCUCCCGGCCACGCUCUUUUUCUCGGUCCCGCAAAACGGCUCCCCGGCCGGUCCCCCAAGCCUCCGGACCCCUCUGCCGCCCUCGCCGCUUCCGACUUCCCCGCGAGCAACUGCCCCUCCGUCGGGCGGGAGUCCACGCCAGGUGCCCCGAAGUCUGCAUUGCUCCAGUGCCCUGGCGGUGGGAGCAGCUCGCCGCCCAGUCUUCGGAGCCCACGCUGCAGGCCCCUGGCCCUUCCCUCUGUGCGCCCCGGCUCGGGGCGCCCCCUCCAGCCACGGCCAGCUGUGCGCACCCGGGCCGAAGAUGGGCCCGGGCUCCACAGAGUCUCUUCACAGAGCCUUCGGGGUCCCUCCCCGAGGACCCCAAACCUGAGGAGAUGCCCUUCCACCACUGCCACAGGGACCCGCUGCCACAGCCUGGCCUCACCCCUGAGAGGCUGCAGGCACAGAGGCAGCUGUGCGCCGCCUGUGCCGUGUGCUGCGUCUUCAUGGCUGGGGAGGUGGUCGGUGGGUACUUGGCGCACAGCCUGGCCAUUAUGACGGACGCAGCCCACCUGCUGGCGGAUGUGGGCAGCAUGAUAGGCAGCCUCUUCUCCCUUUGGCUCUCCACCCGUCCAGCCACCCGCACCAUGACCUUCGGCUGGCACCGCUCAGAGACUCUGGGGGCUUUGGCCUCUGUGGUCUCCCUCUGGAUGGUCACUGGCAUCCUCCUGUACCUGGCCUUCAUCCGCCUGCUGCACAGCGACUACCACAUCGAGGGGGGUGCCAUGCUGCUGACCGCCAGCAUCGCAGUCUGUGCCAACCUGCUCCUCAGUACAAGGCAGCUGACCCCAUCAGCACCUUCCUCUUCUCUAUCUGUGCCCUUGGAUCCACGGCUCCCACCCUCCGAGAUGUUCUUCGUGUCCUCAUGGAAGGUUCCCCCCGAAGUGUGGGGUUUGAGCCUGUGCGGGACACACUUUUGUCAGUGCCAGGAGUCCGGGCCACUCAUGAGCUGCACCUGUGGUCCCUUACGCUUACUUACCAUGUUGCCUCCGCACACCUGGCCAUUGACUCCACGGCUGACCCUGAAGCUGUCCUGGCUGAAGCCACAUCCCAGCUCCACUCCCGGUUUGGAUUCUCCAGCUGUACCCUGCAGGUUGAGCAGUACCAGCCUGAGAUGGCCCAGUGCCUGCGCUGUCGGGAGCCCCCCCAAGCCUGAGCCAAGGCCCCACCCUCACCCCACUGCCAGGCCCUGGCUCAGGCCCGGACUCUCAGUACCUGCCUCCCUGCUCUCACAGAAGGGACAGAGCUGGGCCCGUACCCCUUCCUCUCUCCCUCCUUCCACCGGCCCACUCCCUAGCCCCCAGCCCCAGUGGGCAAGACCAAAGUGUGUGGGGGGGUGGGGUGGGGCAGGGGUCAGGCUGAGUGGGAAUCAAUUGGUGGGGGUGUGUAGAAGUCCCUUGGUCCCCCCUCCCUGAGGUUUGGGGAGCACAAGAGUCCUUUCCAUGCAGUUCAUUUGUCUGUGUGGCAGGCUGGCUGUCUGGCUGGGGGCAUCUGCCUGUCUGUGUGCUGUUGGUGUGCCUAUGCCUGGGGGAGGUCAGCAGGGGCCCCCUCCCCACGUGGUCCUCGCUCUGUCUAUGCAGGAGCCCCAAAGCCCGCACUUUGUCUGUGUGUUCUAGUCCUGUGAUUUUGUCUGUGUGUGUGUGUGUGUGUGUGUGUUUCUUGGUGCUGUGGCCUGUGUGUCUUUGUGCCUAUGUGGCUGUGCUAUGGUCUGAGUCUGCACCAUCCAUGUGUCCUUUUGGGGGUCUGUCUGUCCAUCCCUCUGUUGGUGCUGUGCCCUUGGCUAUCCCAGAGAGAGGGAGGACUCUGCCGCAGCUCCACCAAUAAACUUGUGUCUAAGUGCA